GCGGCUGCGUUUCUUGGCUGGUAAUAAAGUAUCGUCUAUAGAACCAUCGCUGCUUUCGAUAUUUCCGCGUCUGGAGAGCUUGAGCGAUGCUUGUAGAAUCUCAAACAACGUCCGGCUACAGUAUUGCUACGCUAAUUGUUCAGACUGAAAGAGCAAUACAUACCGCUUCGCUGAUGCGGCAAUCCUUUGCCGAGUCCCGCUCACUGCCGCCUGACCCGCGUAAACGAGUUCCCCUUUCUCAGAACGAGCAAGCGGAUCACUCGUAGUAGGAACAUCCAUGCCGAAGAAAUGUGGGCCUCUUGGCCUAUUCGAACGGACAUGAAGUUCGAUAUGUCCACAACAGCAUUCUUCUCAACAUCGAUGACGUGCGAAGGAUAGGAUGCCGGAGAGCCGUAAGUUCCAAUUGUCUACGGGUCGAUGAUCCCUC